UAAUGACGCCCAACCCAAUCUCCAAAAAAUAAUACUAUGACUCUGGUAAUUCUGUUCAAGCGUCCUCGGGUUUGGAAACCCUAAGUCUUCUCUACAAUGGAGAGAUAAAAGCGCUGUUGACCUCCGACCCUCCGUAGCCUCACUUCUCUCCGUCAGUUCUGACGGUAUUUUGUUGGUGUAACAAAAUUGUAAGGCUCGCCUAGUCCGACAAUUCGCGCCUACACGCGGACCAUAACGGCCCCCUCCUAUUGCCAAGGUGAUCCAUCAGACCGUGACUACCUAUGGAAUCAGAAACGCCACGCGUUUCAUUCAUCACCAUCGUAGACUUCUCUGAGGAUGCUCGAUGGCUAUUCCUUACCGAAUCAGUCUCCGACCUCCUGGGCUUUGAACCCCGCGAGUUAAUAGGCCGCUCUGCUUUGGAACUUGCACAUCCAGACGAGUUCUCUCAGGUAAAGCAGAUGCACUAUGAUACUAUCCGAGAAGACAAAGCCGCUGCUCUCGCAUAUCUCCGAUUAAAGCAUAAAGAUCCCUUCAAAGGAUACAUUCUUUGUGCGAUCUCUCGGACCGUCGUGCACAACGUUAUAGUAGGGAGCGUAUCGUUUGCUACACCAGGCGGAAAGGCGCUCCAGAAUACUUCUACUGCGCAAGAAGUUGAAGUCGUCACACCUUCUGCGAAGAACUUCGAACUUAGGCGGUGGGGCGACCCGUCACCGAUGACGUUUAAUCCUAGUAUACCCGACCUCACUUCACCGGCUGCCUGCCCUUCCACGGAUAUGGACUGUGCCAGUGAUGCGUCAUCAAGCCGCAGCCGAGGCAAGAAACCAACAAUAAUUAGUUUUAAUCCGCUGCCCCCUCAGUCCCCAAGAUCGGCCCUCAUCCUUGACCGGUUCUCGAUUCAUUGCACGGUCCUCUACUGUUCCAACGACCUUCUCCUCUCAACUACCAGGGUUUUGGGUCGGAGUUUCUUUGACUUUGUAACUAGUCGCACAGAAAAUAGCGUACGCAGCUGGAUCGAUGUCAUUAAAUCAUGGGGUGUCAACGAUCGGGGGCAACCGAGCGAUGGCGGCUUCGGUUUUGGUAAAUUUGGGCUGCUGCUUGCUGGCAGGGAUUCAAGGGCUGAAAAUGAGCAAGAUACGCCGCUAUCGCGGCGCCGACUCGGAGACGCAAGAAUCAACUCCCGAAUGCCGUCAAGCUCACGUUGCGCCUCCUAUUCAUCGUCCGGGACGUCUUCCCGUUCACGACCACCCUCUUCAAUGUCUUUGUCUACCUCUGAUCAGGAAAUUUCUGUUGACGCUAUUUUCUCUGGGCACUCGGACGGGAUUUUACUGGUACUUCGUCCAACUCCAAAAGUAUGAGUUUGGGCACCUAUACCAUGUAUUCUCUCUCUCUCAUCAUUCUUUCUGGAUGUAUAUCAUGUGAUUGUUUUUUCGAUACCAUGUUCCAUUUCGUUUGUCUGUGUACACUUUUACUUGCUGUGUCUUUUUGCUCUCAUAAUGUAUCAUUUGAAUGCG